AUGGCGGAUAUUGCUGUUUCAGCGGCGCUGGUUUUGGUCGAGAAUGUCCUCCCCUUCAUUGAAGGGAAAGUGAAGCUAAAAAAAGAUGUGCGCGGUGAUGUUGACCAUGUCAAAAGUAUGCUGAAAAAUAUAGAAUCGUAUAUAAAAGACAUGGAUCGAAGAGAAGAAACAAUGGAAGUGCUUAAAAAUCAAAUAAGCGAAGUUCGAGAAUUAGCUUAUGAUAUGGAGGAUGUUGUUCUUGAGUUCAAGUAUCAUGUGUCCGAUAUAUAUUGCAGUAACAGAUUAUCCGAGUUUGCUCACAAAGUUGUUGAUGGUGCCAAACGCCCACGAGAGCUCCACAAGAUUUCCUCCACCAUAGAAGGCAUCAAGAGAAAGAUGGAGAUCGUUAGUGGAAACAUGCGGAUCAAUACUAAUAUUCCCCAUGAAGAAGGCACAAGUCAUCACUCAGGGGUGGGAGAUGGAGAUCAUGCGAUUCACCAGAUACAUAGGGAGGAUGAAAUGAUGGGCUUUGAGGAGGAAAAAAAACGUCUCCAUCGGUUAAUUUAUGAAGAUUCAAGUUGCAUGAUGAAGAUUUCGGUGGUUGGGACUGGUGGCACAGGAAAGACUUUUCUUGUGAAAACUGUUUGCGAAAGCAAAAAAGUUCUUGCUUUCGGGAAAUAUGAUUGCCAUGCUUGGAUUCACGUGUCUCAAACCUUCAAAAUCGAUGAAGUUCUAAGGAGUAUGCUGAAACAAUUUCGUGGGGGGAGGGAGAACCUAUCCCUCCCUUCAUCUGGAGAGGAUUUAAGGGCGGAAUUGACAAACAUUUUGGAGAGAAAGAGUUAUGUUGUUGUUUUAGAUGAUGUUUGGAGAGAAGAUGAUUAUGAAGAAAUUGUGAAGGCUUUGCCUGAAAGUCGCCUUCACCGUAGAAUAAUUGUUACUACUCGGAACCUGGAUGUGGCAGCUUGCCGUAAAUCUUCGGAUCAUAAGAUUGAGCUGAAAGGAUUAACGUCACCUUUUGACUGGCAGUUAUUCUGUAAAAAGGCUUUCCAAGGAAGCGAAUAUCCCUCGGAGUUGAAGGAUUGGUCGGAAAAGAUCUUGAAGAAGUGUGAAGGGUUGCCCCUAGCAAUUGCAGCCGUCGGUAGUUUACUAGCAAAGAAGAGGCAAACUCCUUACGAGUGGAAGACAUUGCAUGACAGUCUUGGCUCUGAAAUUGCCCCUGACUCAGGUCUGGCAAUAAUAAGCAGAAUAUUGUGGCCAAGUUACAAGGAUCUGUCAAUCAAUCACAAGAGUUGUUUCUUGUAUUUUAGCAUUUUUCCAGAGGAAUACUCCAUUCCUCGUGGGAGAUUGAUUCGCUCGUGGAUAGCUGAAGGGUUUAUAAAGAAUACAUCAGGCAAAACACCUGACAAGGUUGCAGAGGACUACCUCAACGAGCUCAUUGGAAGGAAUUUAGUUUCUGCAAGCGCAUGGGAUUUUGAUGGACGAGUAAGUAGCUGCCGAGUACUAAACCUUGUCAGGGAAUUCAUAAUUCAGAUUUCUGAAAAAGAAAAUUUUGUCACAGCACUCUCGGAACUAGGAGCAAGCUCAGGUGAAAAAAUUCGACGCUUAUCGAUUAAUCAUUCUAAAAUUAAUUUGUCUCACUUGAUGAAAGGUAAAAGCUCUGUUAGAACCUUGUUCGUGUUUGCAUGGGGAAAUUCAAUUAGUCCCAGCAUAGGAAAAUUAAUUCAUCAUUCCAGGUUGUUGAGGGUUCUGGAUUUGCAGGGUAUAUGUUUUGAGGAUUUUCCUGAUAAAAUUUUUGAACUCACCCUUCUAAGGUGUCUAAGUUUGAGGGAAACCAAUAUAGAAAAGAUCCCAAAAUAUAUAAGGAAUCUAGCAUUUCUUGAAACCUUAGAUUUGAGACAAACUUGUGUAACUAAGCUUCCAUUGGAGAUCUUAGGACUCAAAUUUUUGCGCCAUCUUCUAGUUUACCGCUAUAAUGUAAGCAACUAUGUGACUUUCAACUCAGUACAAGGAGUAGAGGUUCCUCCAAGUAUUGGGAAUUUAUCUGCCUUAGAAAAGUUGUCAUGUGUUAAGGCAAAUAGUCGAAGUGGAGUUAUAGAAGAGUUGAAAAAAAUGAGUCAGCUGAGGAAGCUUGGAAUAAUAGAUCUCAAAAGAAAAGACGGAAAGGCAUUGUGUCAAUCCAUUGCAACAAUGGAACACCUUUUGACUCUGGAUGUUUGUUCAGCAAGUGAGGAAGAAUACAUUGAUUUGGAAUAUGAUGUGGUUAUUCAUCCUGAUUGUGUUCUUCAACGACUAUAUCUAAAGGGGCGCUUAGAGAAGUUCCCUGGGUGGAUUUCCUCGCUUAAAAGUUUGGUAAGACUUGGUUUGAAGUGGUCAAGAUUGAAGGACAGCCCACUUGAGGCCCUUCAAGCUUUGCCAAAUCUGUUGGAGCUCCACAUGGUUGAUUGUUACACGGGUGAGUUAUUGGAAUUCAAAGCUGCAACGUUCAGGAAAUUGAAAAUUCUGUAUCUUGAACAAUUUGAGCAUUUACAUACGGUGAUAAUGGAGGAAAAAGCGAUGCCCGAGCUUGCAAAGCUAACCAUUUGCAAGUGUGAGCAAUUAACGAUGCUUCCGUUGGGCAUAAACCAUCUCAGUCAGCUGGAAGAACUGUUGGUAUUUGAUAUGAACAGCGAGUUUGUUGCAAGACUUAAAAAGAAUAGUGAAGACCGUUUGAUGGUUAGCCACGUACGAGAUAUUCGUUCUUUCACUCUUGCUAGCAACCAUUCCUUUUCUUCACAAAAUUUGACAUGAUUCUUUAAACGCCAGAUCUGGUUAUCAUGGAAGAUACAAUACGCUGCCUCAGCAUUUUGCAUUCAGUCCUGGAAAUGGAAUAAAACAUCAUCAAAAGCUGCUUCUGCCAUCUUUGAUUUACAAUUUGUUGUUGCUAUCAAAUAUUUUUUCCAAGCUGGUUUUGUCUGGGUCGUCCGUCGACUAAUGAACAGGAAACCCGCGCUGGUCGUAGGCCGGAAUUUUGACAUUUGAGGGACAAAGUGGGUUUAUCAUUGUCCGAAUUCUGGGUAGCAAACGUGAGUCUAAAGAUUGGGAGUGGUUUUCUUUUGUUCAAACUGUUUCAUGUAAGUUGUUCUUGUAUUAAGUGUUUCUAGAUAAAUUCAACCACAACAUAAAAGCGAAGACAAAUUCACUGGGUGAUUUAAGCUGUAUUAAGAUUUCCAGAUUUAUUUCAAAUUAAGUAUUAACAUCGA